GUUUUCAAAAAUAUAUUGUUUUGACAAUAAUGUGUUUUCUUUUAUUGGAUGGAACUAAUAAAUUUAUUAUUCAAGUUGUUAUUGAAAUACAUAGUUAUGGAAAAAGAACUAAAGCAACUGACCAGUAUUCAUUCACAAUGUUAGAUAGUCUGUAUUAAUAUUAUUCAUACCCUGACAAAUAAUGUGAUAAGAUUGUAGUGUUUAGUAGUAAUAGUUUCAGGUUCUUUAACUUAAGAUUUUAAGAUACUGGUGUUUCCUGUAGAAUAUGUUCCCUAUUAGAGAUCAUGAAUAUCAGGAAAUAGGUGAUAAUAAUGUUCAAGAAAUUUUAAACGAAGAACAAGAUGAGGUUAUUUGUAGAAUUUCUGGUCUCAAAGCAUCUGUGGAAAAAACGCUCCUUUAUCAUUUUAUAGGAGUAUUGUUGCUUGGUAUCCCAUAUGUAUUUUUUGAAUCUUAUCCAAAAAUGAAGGCCAGAGUUAAAUAUAAACAAUGUCCAAACAAAGUAGCAGCUUUCCUUUUAGUAAGCGAUAACCAUCAUAAUGAUUAUAUUCAAACAGUCAGCAUGAAGGGCAUUUGCCUACCAAAUAGAGGCCAUUUGAAUUUGAGAUAUUUUCAUCAUCAACAUACUUUAUUUGUUUGGAUAACAGAGAGAGAGGAAUUUGGUACAUUGAGUUUAUUAAUUCCUCCAUUGACAGUCGAUGAAUAUUUAAAUAAUACUAGUGGUUUGUGUGAUCACAAUUAUUUGGAAUUAUUGAAACUAUAUGGUUUCAAUAAAAUUGAAGUUGAAAUUAAAAGCUAUUGGAAGUUAUUUACUGAAGAAAUUUUCAACCCGUUUUACAUGUUUCAAGCUUUUUCUGUAAUCCUUUGGUGUAUUGACGAAUACUUUAUUUAUGCUGGUUGUGUUGUUUUUCUCACUUUAUUUUCAAGUAUUACUGCUAUGAUCCAGACUCGCAAGCAAAGUGAGAAGUUACAUGAUAGUGUAGAAAGUUCAAAAUGCCAUAGAGUUGAUGUAUUAAGGUCAGACUGUCAUGGGAAGCUUAGCAACUUAACCAUUGAUCCCGAGAAAUUAGUACCUGGGGAUUUAAUAGUUCUUCCCGUGGGAGAUUACGUUAUGCCCUGUGAUGCAGUCCUUAUUACUGGAGAAUGUAUUGUGAAUGAAAGUGUUCUUACUGGUGAAAGUACGCCAGUUACUAAAACUGCUCUUCAUUCGGACAAUAAGCAAUAUAGUACUAAUGCGCACAAACGUCAUACCCUUUUUUCGGGUACCUAUGUACUCCAAACUAGGUACUAUGGGGGAGAAAGUGUACUAGCUAGGGUAGUGAGAACUGGUUUUGAAACGUGCAAGGGCCAAUUGGUCAAAAGUAUUUUGUUUCCGACUCCAAUAAAUUUACAGUUUUACAAAGACGCAUUCAAAUUUGUAUUUGUCUUAUUUACCAUUGCUGUGAGCGGCAUGGCUUAUUGUUUAUACCUGUACUUUGAAAGAGGUGCUGCCUUAAAGCAAAUUCUAGUUAGGACUUUUGACAUUAUUACUAUUGUUGUACCUCCAGCACUGCCGGCAGCAAUGGCCGUAGGGUCAGUCUACAGCCAAAGCAGAUUGAAGAAGUUGAAAAUUUUUUGCAUCAGUCCACAAAGGAUAAAUGUUUGUGGCAAAAUAAAGUUGGCUUGUUUUGAUAAGACUGGCACACUAACCCAUGAAGGUUUAGAUAUGAACUCUGUGAUACCAUGUUACAACAGCAAGUUUUUCCGCCCCGUUACCGAUGUUAAUGAUUUAGAUUCCAACAAAAAAUUUGUACAAUGCAUGGCAGUUUGUCAUUCUUUGACACGAAUUGGAGGAAAGUUAAAUGGCGAUCCUCUGGAUUUAAACAUGUUUGAGUUUACGAAGUGGAGCUUAGAAGAGCCGGGCCAAGAUGAAAAUUCAAGGUUUGACAUGCUCGCUCCAACCAUAGUUUCACCAAGUGCGAAGGAAAAUUCGUUCCUUUCAAGAGAUGCCGGCGCAAUAGGACAGCAAAACUAUCAAAUCGGAAAACUUAAAGAAUUUCCAUUUUCAUCUGCAAAUCAAUCUAUGUCUGUGAUAUGUCGCGAUCUGCGACAACCAAAUAUGACGGCUUUUGCUAAAGGUGCCCCAGAAAAAAUAUGUGGCUUAUGCCUUCGCGAAUCAGUCCCUCAAGACUUCAACUCCAAACUGUCAUAUUACACUGCCGGGGGCUAUAGAGUGAUCGCGCUAGCGUAUAAGGACCUCCCAAUGAAAUUUAAGUGGAAAGACGCACAGAAAGCUAAAAGGGAUAUGAUCGAGCGCGACAUGAUUUUCCUCGGUCUGCUUAUCAUGCAGAAUCCGUUAAAAGAUGAAACUAGACCUGUUCUGCAACAGUUACAAAGAGCCAAUAUUCGGACAGUCAUGAUAACAGGGGAUAAUAUUAUGACCGCGAUCGCAGUUGCCAAAGAUUGUGGGAUGGUGCCGCCAAACUCUGAUGUUUACAUUCUCGAUGCUGACGAAUCGAAUGAAUCGCAAGGUUUUACAAUAAAAAAGGCCGGUUCCAGCGAUAGAGAAGACCAGAUUCGUUAUUAUAGGAAUACGGACUGUCAUUUUGCGAUAGACGGAAGAACCUGGAACUUGUUUAAAAAUAAUUUUCCAGAUAUAGUUCCGGGUCUGCUGGUCAGGGCUACGAUAUUUGCCCGAUUCCAGCCCGACCAAAAGACGCAGCUCGUUACUUAUUUCCAGAAUUUGGAUUAUAUCGUUUCCAUGGUCGGCGACGGUGCUAAUGAUUGCGGGGCGUUAAAAGCUGCGCACGUCGGUGUUUCCUUGUCUCCGGCGGAAGCUAGCGUAGCAGCACCUUUCACGUCAGCAAUUUCAAAUAUUUCGUGCUUGACGUUGUUGAUGUUAGAAGGUAGAUGCGCGUUGGUUACAAGCUUUGCUAUUUUCAAAUAUAUGGCUCUCUACAGUUUAAUUCAGUUUAUCACCGUGUUAAUUCUCUAUAAGUGCCAUUCAACCUUGGGAGACUUUCAGUUCUUAUUUAUUGAUUUGAUUAUAACGACAACCCUAGCGGUCUCGAUGGGAAGGCAAGGUCCGGCCAAUGAGCUUUGCCCAAAGAGACCGAUGAGUUCUCUAGUAUCCGCCAAAAAUUUGUUGCCUCUUAUACUUCAGAUUAUAACGUGCGUCUGCGUUCAGCUAGGGGCUCUUUUUUAUUUAUAUCAGCAGACGUGGUUCAAGCCGAUACCGCCGGACACAGUUGACGAAGUCGUGGUCUCAUGGGAGAAUACAGUGCUUUUUAGCGUUUCAUGUUACCAGUAUGUCAUAUUGGCAGUGCACCUAUCAAAAGGACGUCCCUAUAGGCAAAUGUUGAUUACAAAUUUUUGGUUCAUUACGAGCGCUUUCUUGCUGACGUGUUUCGUCAUUUGGAUGAUGAUUAGACCGUGUAACAAGGUGGCACAAAUUAUGGAUAUAAUCUACACGUCUUCCGUAGCGAAGAAGCAGGAUCAUUUUAGGUAUACGUUGUUGCUAUUUCCUUUCGCUCACUUUUUCGCAGCCGGGUUUAUAGAGAAAUGUAUUGGAGAUCGGUCGUGGUUGAAGAAAGUUCUGCAGAAGUUGUGUUGCAAAAAAAUUCCUAAGAAUAAGUACAAAGUGUUAUUGCAGGACAAUAAUUUUUUCGAACGUCUUAAUUCCCUAAGAAAUAGACACGCCACUGCCCACCAAAUAUAAUUGCCAUAUUUUUAUAUUCAAUAUUCUAUUUUAUAUUGUCACUUCAAUAAAGUUUUAUUUUCUUAUAUUAUGACUUUAUUACCCGAAUAAAAUUUGCUCCUAAUUUGCCGCGUUGCUUUAUUGGUAAUAUUUUCGCGAGUGUGUGUCUAAUUACACAAAGAAACAUUUAUGAAUGUUUGCUUGUGCAGAAGGAUUUCCCAUAAUUUGGUUUAGCCGUUCCACGCUUGGAAAUAUCUAAAGUUUAUGCUGUAUUGUCGCCACAGGUGUAACUUAUCUAUAAAAACUGAAGUUUUCGAACAUCCUCGUAACUGGUUAUUCCACAUAGUAAACAGUUCAAAACCAUUUUAAAUAACUGUUGAAUUAAUAUUUGGAAACAAAAUACUUCUCAAAUAGUCAAGA